GGCCGCAGUUCCGGGGUUGGUUGGCAGAGUUCGCGGCGGGACAUGCGAGCGUGGUCGUUGUGACCCGGGGGGGCGGAGGUGGAGGUGGCUCGGUGACCGCAGGCCUGCUGCACCCCGACCCACCCCCCCGCCCCGGCGUGUGGCUCCAGAGCUCGGGGUCGGUGGCCGCUGCAGAGGACGAUGGUGCUGGGCCGGCGGCGGCGCGCCAAGUCGUUCCUGCUGAUCUUCUUCGGAAUGAUCGUCGUGGGCUUCGUGAUCCUGAGCCGGAGCGGGCGGGAGGACGAGAAGGAGCGGGGAGCGGAGCGGCAAGUCCCCGCUGCGGCGGCGGCAGGAGGCGGCGGUGGCUACACCGACGCCGAGUACGAGCAGCUGAGGCGACCCGUUGACGAGAAGCCGCCGCUGGACGUGAACGCUUUGGGGGAGCUGGGCAAAGCGGUUCGCCUGGAGCUGCAGGGCGAAGAGAAGAAGAAGGAGGAUGAGGCGAUCAACAAACAUCAGAUCAACAUAUAUGUGAGCGACAGGAUCUCUCUGCGCCGCCGGCUGCCCGAGAGGUGGAACCCGCUAUGUAAAGAGAAGAAAUAUGAUUAUCGAAAUCUUCCAACCACUUCUGUGGUAAUUGCAUUUUAUAAUGAGGCCUGGUCAACGCUCCUGCGGACAGUUCACAGUGUCCUUGAUACUUCACCUGAUAUUCUAUUGAAGGAGGUUAUCCUAGUGGAUGAUUAUAGUGAGCGAGAGCACCUAAAGAAGCCUUUAGAAGAUUAUGUUGCUAAUCUUCGCAAAGUUCGAUUGAUACGUGCACGAAAAAGGGAAGGCUUGGUUCGUGCACGAUUGCUGGGUGCAUCUAUAACUACAGGUGAUGUCUUGACUUUCCUGGACUGCCACUGUGAGUGCCACGUGGGUUGGCUGGAACCAUUACUAGAGAGAAUCCAUGAAGAUGAAUCUGCUGUAGUAUGUCCUGUGAUUGAUGUCAUUGCAUGGAAUACCUUUGAAUUUCUGGGAAAUCCUGGAGAGCCUCAGAUUGGUGGGUUUGAUUGGAGGCUAGUUUUCACCUGGCACACAAUUCCUGAUCAUGAACGAAAACGAAGGCGAUCUCCGAUUGAUGUUAUCAGGUCUCCAACCAUGGCAGGUGGGCUGUUUGCUGUCAGUAAGAAAUACUUUGAGUAUCUGGGCACAUAUGAUACUGGGAUGGAGGUCUGGGGAGGAGAGAACCUGGAGUUCUCCUUCAGGAUUUGGCAGUGUGGGGGUUCCUUAGAAAUACAUCCCUGUUCUCACGUGGGCCAUGUUUUCCCUAAACAAGCCCCUUAUUCUAGGAGCAAAGCCCUGGCAAACAGUGUACGUGCUGCUGAAGUCUGGAUGGAUGAAUAUAAAAUUCUGUACUAUCACAGGAAUCCACAUGCUCGUUUGGAGCCAUAUGGUGAUGUGACAGAGAGAAGAAGACUGAGAGAGAAACUACAGUGUAAAAACUUCAAAUGGUUUUUGGAGAAUAUUUACCCUGAUAUACAUGUACCUGAAGACCGUCCAGGUUUCUUUGGAAUGCUAAAGAACAAGGGGAUGUUGAAGUACUGCUUUGAUUACAAUCCACCAAAUGAACACAAUGUUGCAGGAGAAAAAAUUGUUCUGUACCAGUGUCAUGGUAUGGGACAAAAUCAAUUUUUUGAAUUCACUUCACACAAUGAAAUCCGUUAUAAUACUCGGCAGCCUGAGGCCUGUAUUGCAGCAGAUGCUAGCAAUGAUUACCUGACGAUGUACCUUUGCCGAGAGAAUAACCAGCCUGUGCCUGAAAACCAGCAAUUCAUUUUUAAGGAGGAUGGUUCUAUCUACCACGUCCAGUCAAAGAAGUGUAUAGAAGCUGUAGCCAAUGCAUUCAGUAAAGGUCAUCCAGGGCCAUUACUGCGACCGUGUUCCGAUAUUGAUCAUCAGAAAUGGUUCUUUCAAGAAAGAAAAUGAUCUUUUUGUUUACGUCCAUUAGCAGCCAGAUGAACAGGAAUCCAUUGUCUUCAAUAGUUUCAGAAAGCAACUAUGACCAAAAAAUGUAACAGAUUUUUCUUGUGAAAAAUGGGAUCUUAAUUUUUUAACAUUGCCUUUAGAAUUUAGUGUGGGAUUUUAAUAUUUGUGUAAUAUUAUGGCAUAUUUGUACCAACUUUUUCAUUGAAGUCAAUUUAUCUUUAGUAAUAAUGCCUCAAAUUUAUAUAUAAAAAAACUUUAAAUUUUCAAAGGAUAAUUUUUAAGUGCGAACUUAUGCAAGUGGUAAGGAAUCUGACUGCAAGUGUUUGUGUUGAAUUUAAAUGAAGAACCUCUGGGGUUUAGACUCUCCUUUGUGAAAGGCUUUAAUGAAAUCAGGUUUGGAAAUGAAAUUUGGAUUUCAUAAAUGUUAUUACCAUUUGUGAUCUGUGAUAUCACAGUUACAAGAAAGGAUACAAAGUUGCCAUUCUAAUUCAUUUAGAGUAUGAGCAGAGAACUUUUCUUCACCAAGGAUAAGGUUAAGGAAAGAGUAAGAAAUUUAGGUGGUUUACUUAUAACACUGCAGUUUUGAUCUUAUCUUUGUUCGGUGUACUUUAGGGAAUAUCAUAUUUUUUUAUGUGAAUUUCAAAUUCUUUCUAUUCCAUAAUCUUACCUCUCUUGUACUUCCAGUGUGUUAUUAAAACUGACACUGAUUGCAAGCAAUCGGGUUUAAGCUAAAGAUGGGGCAUAUCUUGGAAGUUCUUGUAAGACUUAUUUAAAAGCAUGACUUGAAGUGUUUAAAAAUAUCUUGGAAAUAUACAUAGGGAAUACAAGUAGAGAAAAAUAUUUCCAAGUGGUGCUGAAUUUCUUUUAUUGCUGAAAUUUAACUGUGGGAAAAGGUUUGCCUUAUUACGCGAAUAAAAAAAAGUGAGGUCAUGCACUCAGUGUAUGGGACCAAAGUGAGCCCAAGAAACAUUUGAUCUGGUUUUGUAGGCUCAGUGAAAUUUGCAUUUAUAUUUUGUACUGUGCUUCAUGAUGAGAAUUUUUUUAGCGCAAGCAUCAGAGAUGGAUGAUCUCUUAGUAUUAGGACUGAAUAGAGGGGUAAAGUUGGCCAGGAUGUUGGGGAAAACUGCCAGCUGAACAGAGGUGAAGCUUUGAAUGCCUUUUCUGAAAAGUAGCCCUCAUGGUUGUACAGGAAUAUCAGUGUAGAUUUCAUGUUCAAUCCUAGGAUGAACUUGAAAUCUGACUCAAAGGCUGCUAUUGAAACAAGCCAGCCAUUGAAAUCUGCCAUUGAAACAAACCAGCACUAUUGCAUGCAUGAACUUGGCAUCUGUCCAGCUUUUUCAAUGUUUUUAACCUUUUUUAAAAUGAAGGAUCCCAAACUAAAUUAGGUUGGGACGCUGGUGUAGCUAGUACAGCUGCUGCCUCACAGCCCCAGUGACUGGGGUUCAAUCCUGACUUCCAGUCUUGUCUAUGUAGAGUUUGCACAUUCUCCCUGUGACUGCGUGGGUUUCUUUUGGGUUCUCCACUUUCCUCCCACAUCCCCAAACAUGUGCUGGUUGGUAGGUUAAUUUGCCACUGUAAAUUUCUUCUAGUAUAUAGAUGAGUGGUAGCAUUUGGUGUGGUUGAUGGGAACGAGGGGAGAAUAAAAUGGGUAAGUGUUGGAUUAGUAUAAUGGUGUUUACUGGUUGGCUUGGACUUGGUGGACUGAAGGUCCUGUUUCCAUGUUGUGUAUCUCUGUCUGAGUUAAAUUGGGGCAUGCAUAAUCAUUAUAAUUAAAUCUUGCUUUCCCAUAUUGCUGAAUUUCACUGCACCGAUUUGUCUUUGAUUUAGAAAUGACUAUGCAAAUGGGCAUUGGGGCAAAAUUUCAGCAGUGGACAAAUUUUACAUUUUUAAAUAAGUCUGUACGUAGUUGUGGGUAAUAAAUAUGAUUCCUCCUGAUGAGGUUAUCUUUUUGAAAUGCUUCAAAAGACUUUUGAACAUUGAGUUAAGGUUGAAAGUCAAGGUUCAUUUUGGGUGAAUUUGUUUAUAUUCCCUCUUGUACUGGCUCAUUCCUGCCAAUGUAGCUGUGAUAUCAUAUGUUGCAAUGAAAAGCAAGUGUACAAUUGUUCAUUUGAAUACAGAAGUCUUUUAUUUUGUUAUAAGAUUUGAAGGAGCUCUAUUUUUGCACUCUAAUUGCAAAAUGUGAUUUUUAGCAGCCUAGUAUUGAGGAUCACAAUGUAGAAAAUAUGGUCUAUUUUGUUUUUUUCAACCACAAAAAAGGCCAAAAAAGGUAUAUAAAUUUACAAAUGCUGCAUAUAUGCACACAUGGUCACUAAACUGUAGUAAUACAGCAGAACACAGAUGGCUGAAUGGCUUCCCUGAUCUAUAUAUUUGACAUACUAACUUUAUCCUGAAUGUGGGGGAAUAUAAUUUUAAGUUGUUUUUGAUAGAUCCAGACAACAAAUCACUGGAAUGACUAAAGGGCCUUUAACUUUAUAAAAAAAUGUAAUUAUCUCUUGGGCUUCCAUAAUGUGUAAUAUUUGACUAAAACUAUUUUUACAUUCCUUUUGAAGGAACAUCUUUUAAUCUGUUCAUGUUCCUGCAAUGUCUUGACUUUGUAAGCAUUUUUACGGGGUUUCUGAAGUUGAAGUGAUAGAUAUAUAUAAAUUCAGUUACUGCUGCCAAGCAGCCAUGUAGGCUUUGGAAUUGCAUCCGAUCCCAGUUGUUGAGAAAAAACAUACUUUGGAUAUGAACUCAAAGGAUUUCCUCUCAAAUAAUUGGUAUUAUUUUUGAUUACGAAAAGGUAGAUUAGAAAAUUAUUAGUUUAAAUUAUUGCAUCAUUGCUGUUCUCCAGCAUCUUACUUGAGUCUCAACAAAGUGAAUGCAUAGAAUGGUGGCUAAAUUGUAUAUCACCUAGUUGCCCACAAAUGCUUUGACAUCAAUGCAAUGAAAUAGGAUAUUUUUUGUUCUCCACUUGCUAGCUCGCUGGCGGGCUAACUAAUUGUUAAAUGCUGCUCAGAAGAAAAUCAUGUGACAUUAAUUUCUUCAAAAAAAGAUUUUUCAGUAACAUUUUGAGAAUAGUCACAACAGCAUUAUCUGCUUCGUGUUGGUGAGAUUUAAGAGAACACUCCUGAAUUAUCCAUCUUACAAUUUUUUUUCCAAUAAGGCGUUGCUUGCACUUUACAAAAUCCAAUGCUCCUGAAUCUGUUCUUGUGAUGCUUUUGAGUAUGUUGGUUGGACCUCUUUUAUGGAAAUUAUUGUAAUAAACUUGUAAAACACUGAAUUUUUCUUCAGCAAUAAAAUUGUUGCAGGGAAUUGUAUGAAACCUUC